AUCCCAGACAAUUUUUUUGCGACCAACACUGGAAGAAAUUCGAGAACUGCAAAUUGACCACCCCACGAUUCCCCCAUUCCAGGCAACAAUCCGCCGCCCAUCAUGUCUGAAACUGCUGGUGGAAGUUCGCAAGAUGCAAUAGUCACCAGCGGUCAUAAGCUCGACAAGAAGCACAAACGAACAAAGUCUGACCACAAGAAGAAGCGGGCGCGAGACGAAGACGAUGCUGCGGUAGUCGAAGAAACCCCGAGGGAGUCGAAAAAGAGCAGGAGUGCAGAUGCCGAGGACCGAUCAGCGCAACCCGAACGCGCCGAAGCUUCUGUCGAUGAGCUAUCCAAGAAGAAGAAGAAGAAGAAGCAGAGCAACCAUGAGGAGGGCGCGGAGGGGCGAGAUGGGGUAAUAGGGGCGGACGAGCCGAGAAAGGAGCGCAAGAAGUCAAAGAAGCGCGCAAAGGAUGUUGACCAGCCUGAGCCGGAGCCGAUGGAUGUCGACCUUCCCGACGCGGCCCCGGGGGAGGCGCCUGCCGGCGGAGACAGGAAACGCAAGGAGAAGAAGUCCAAGAAACAAGCGCUCAACGGAGCGGACGAGACGAUGGACGAGUCGCCCGAAGCCGGUGCCGGGAGCCAAGAAAAAAAGAAGCGGAAGAGCAAAGCCAUCUCGGAAGACAUGCAGGCCACGCAAGACUCGACCGCCGGAGUGUCGUCGGACUCUGAUUUCCCCUUUUUCACCCAGACCAUCUCGCUCUACGUCCCGUUCUUCCCCGUCGGUUUCGACAAGCCUCUCACCAACGUCGCCGCGCAACAUCUCGACCCGCUCUUGAACCACUACUCUCCCCUCCUCCGCGGCGUCCUCCUUAGCUACUCGAACCUCAACCUCUCAGAUAGGCCGGCCAAGGCCAGCGUCACACACCCACCAACAGACGAAACGCCUGCACUUCUGCACUCGAUCGACGAGUACGCCGUCGGUUUCGGCUGGUUAACAUUUGACGCCCAACUGUUCGUCCCUUCUCGGGGCAAAUGGAUGGAGGGCGUGGUACAACUCCAGAGCGAAGGGCACAUUGGCGUGGUCUGUUGGAGUAAAUUCAACGCUAGCAUCGAGGCGAAACGUUUGCCGAAGAGCUGGAAAUGGGUGGAUUUGGCCAAGGGCGGCGCACGGCCGAACGCUUUCCCGCUAUCCGACGAGAAUGAGGGCGAGCAGGGGGUUCAAGAAGCCGAAGAUGUUCUCGACGGCGAGGAGCUGCAAGUCGUGGAGCAGAUCCACACCACGGGCUACUGGGUCAACGGGGAAGGCAAAAAAGUGAGCGGCAAACUGCGGUUCCGCAUCAAAAACUUUGACGUCGGCCUGGCGGGCGACUACGGUUACCUCAGCAUUGAGGGCACUUGCCUCGACGACGACGACGAGCGGGCUCUCGCGGGUCAGGAACGCAACAUGGAGAAGGCGCGGCGCGCGAAGCAGAACCCCGGCGGCCUCCUGCGGCCCUUGUCGAGGCGGGUCCCCGAGUUCAGCAUGACCAAGUUUGGGCGGGAGGACCAGGAAGAGGACGACGGGCAACGGGCUGUCCUGUACAAGGGUAGCCGGCCUGGCACGCCCGAUGACUAG